AUGGGUAAGAGCAAAACCAUUCACGCGUCUCAUGGUUCUUCCCGCGAAGCUCAAUCGUCGAGAUCAUACAAAAAAGUCUCAACUGAACAUGUCGAUCGUGAUGGUGAUGACGACAUGCAGUUUGACACUGCGAAUGUUGAUAGCCCAUUUGAGGCCGAAGACCAUUAUGAACUCCCAAUCCGACAACUGUCACCGCCCUUUCAUGAUCAGUCUUCGGGAACACACUUCGAGCCACAACAUGAGUACCAGUCCUAUCAACAACACAACGAGCCGGGACCCGAGUUUCCUCUUGAUAUAUACAGUCAGCUUGCUGCCUUGCGUUGUCAGGGCAACCGGAAUGAAGCAGCCAUUCAGCGCAUCGAGGAGCAGCAAGCUCGUGCCAACAGCUACAUGGAGGAUCUUUGGCAUCAUUUUUAG